AUGUCCGUCCCGCAACCGUCAGACGCGCUUGAGGGACACUGCUCUGCCGUCAACAACAAUGUUCUGUAUGUGCUCUCGCCCUCUGGCUUUCAAUCUCUGCCGUUGAAGGAGAAUGCUACCUGGACCACGGAAACGACCCAGAAGUACGCGAACGUGACCGGCCCAGCCUGCGUCACUGUGAUACCGAAUGGCGACGAAUCGCAAGCAGCACUCUAUAUCAUUGGAGGCUCUUCCGAUGACAGCAGCUACGGUGGCCUGCAGCGAUACUUCUUUGGUAGCAAGACAUGGGAGACGGUGUCCUUAGCGACGGACAACUUCCAGAAUCGAACGGACCACAGCGCUGCGUACCUCAGUGACUCGCAAAGCAUACUGGUUUACGCAGGCUCACAGCCGGUCGCUCCGUCCCACUUGUCGUCACAAACUUUUGUGAUCUCAGUGGUACCACCCUUCAACAUCGAAGCGUUCACAUCGCAAGCGCCACCUGUGAAUUUGCCGAUACUGGAGCCAUGGAACAGCAGUCAUGCAGUGAUGGUUGGCGGUGCGUUAGACAACACAGAAGUCUUCUUAUUCUCUGAGGCAGAUGGCUGGCAGCGGCUAGAUACCAACCUGACCCAGCCAAUCAACGCUGCCUCAAGAGGCACAAUAAUCGAGGGCAGCGACGGCAGUAAGGUAUUACAGGUUUACAACGUAGAUCAAUCUCCAAACACUGUCUCACAGAUCGUGCUUCUGGGCGCGGACGGGGCUGCUGCGACAACCGGCCAGACCAUAGGCGGAAGCUCAUCGUCGCGGAAACGGAAACGGAACCUUUCGCUUGGCGAGUGGCCGUCGUAUAACAGCUCUAAUGCACCGACGGCAACCCGGACAGACUGUGCGUUGGCACAAGGACCCAGCGGUCUAUCAGUGAUGUCUGGCGGCAACGCCAAUUCGCCUGUCAUCAUGUUCGACCAGACCCAGAACAGCUGGGUGGACGUCAACAAGUUUUUCAACUCCAAGAACCAACAACCUCUGAAGCCAUCAGCUACGUCGUCGACUUCUGCGUCGAAGACUGCGACAAGUUCGUCGAAAGCUUCAAGCUCCUCGACAGCAGCAGCUGGAGGGACCGGAAGUCACCUCUCACCACAUGACCGCAUGCUACGAACGCUAGGCAUAACACUCGGUGUACUUUGCGGCAUUGCAGCAGUGUUCAUCCUGCUACUGCUAUUCUUGAGGUGGCGAAAGGCGCGUAAAAGGAGCAAAGAAGGCUACAUUGACGAAAAAACUGGCAAUCGCAUGAGCUUCGCUGAUCGCGGAGCGUCAUUCAUGAAGGAGGCUGGCGGCUCAGCCACCAGCUUAGUACCACCCACCAAGCGGCAAUCAAACACCAACGGCUCCCGCAGCUCGCUUGCCAUUAUGACCGGCAAGUUCGGCAACAAGCGCACUUCUAACCAUCAGCCAACCAGUAGCUAUGACAGCACCGCACGGCUGGUCAAGCUUAAGAAUGGUGUCCCUAUCAGCGAGCCGAUGGAGAUGGUGGAUUACGGUGAUAAGCUCACCGUGCCGAGCAGGAAACCGGUGGCGCGGACUGAACAGCUACCGCCUCCGCCUUCACCGACGGUCAGCUACGAUACCGAGAAGGAGGUGAUGAUCGAGGAAGUUGACCGUAGUCGGAAGCGAAGUUCUGGGUGGUCCAAGUACUUCGCUACCAGCGGACCGACGGGACCAAAUGGCAUCUCUCACCUACCAGCUGCCUACAUCAAGCCGCAGAUGAAGUCAGACGGCUCAGCGAUCAGCGACGCGCCGUCGGAGUACUCUAUGAAAGCCACUUCACAACCGUCGCGGUUACCAAGCUCAGCACUCAUACCACCGCUCGAUAUGGACUUUACUAGGAGUAUCAACGGGCAGCGGUUGUCACAUGUUACCAGUGGCUCACCCUCAUUCUCGGACUCGCGAGAAGAUUUGAGGAAGCGCGGAAGUAUGCCUGGCGUUGCUGACGGCCAGUCAGGCCUCAUUGUCGACGCGCGGUUGCUGGAUGACCGAAGGUCACAAAUUUCGGGAUACUCGUUGACAUCCAACAACCGCACAACGAUGGGUUCAACGCUUAGCAGCGCUUUCGAAAGCGACUACUUGAACCAAUCCGGCGACCCGCCAUGGACACCAACUAGCUUCAACUUCAAGGAUCAUCUCAACUCGCGACCUGCUUCUGCUGGACGUACAUCAGCAAGCCGCCCAACAUCCGCAGGUCGACCAACUUCUGCAGGACGACCUGCAUCUGCCGGUCGUCUCACGUCCGAGAACAGGUUACCUAACCGGCCGCCGAGUAGCAAUUACACCGACAGUGUCUACGAGCCGAAAAUUCCAUCCCGGGGCAAGAACGGCGGCGGCUUCUUCCCAGGCUCUGGUACGACAUACAGACCACCGCCGAAAGCACUUAAACUGGGCGCCGCUGCUGCACCCACAGCAGAAUGGGCAGCCCCUUCGACACCCACCAUCUCGAUCAGCACACCAACUGAGGACCGAGAUAGCACCGUUACUGUCUUCCCGCGCGGUGUACCGAGUGGGCAGUAUACGGAUGCGGGGCAGGCGAAGUUCGGUGCGGCUCGCGCUCGGGGCGAGCAGAAGGCUGCGGGCAGCGAUAUGAGUUGGCUGAACCUCGGUCUCGGCGGCGCCAAUAAGAUUUGA